CGAAUAAAUGAAUGAUUGGGGCGCGCAGGAACGUAUAAACCCGCCUUGAAUCCAGGGAAAGAAGAGAAAAUACCCGGAUUAAGAUGUAAACAAGGAGCAUGAGAAAAAGAGAGAGCGUGAAAGAGAGAGAGAAGGAGAGAGAGAGAGAGAGAAGGAGAGAUAGAGAAGGAGAGAUAGAGAGGGAAGGAGAGAGAGAGAGUUAGGCGAGUGGGCGCUGCUUCUGCCGUGUCUGCUUGAGACCCGCUUGUAAAUUGAUGUCGAGGGGAGACGAGACGUCGUUGCGUACGGCGCUUGUCUGCAACAGGAAAUUAUGCUACGUUGAGCAAAGAAAAAAAAAAACGCAACGAGGUCGGCCUGUGGACUACAUCCUGGACUACAUCAACCAUGGUGGACAUCUCAUAUUGUUUUGUUCUCGGCCACCCAGGAGAGGCAGCAGAAGAUUGAAUCACAUGCUCCCCGCUGCAUGACCGCGAAGCAGACACUUCAGGAACCUUUUUAUCAAGUGGAUUCUUACCCGAUACCUCUGAGAGUUUCACUAGACACUGAAGGCAGCAGAGCCUUCCUUCAGCUGUUUUCUUCUAGAAAAAAAGAAAUGUUUAAAAAAAAUAGAACACCCGAUGUUUUUAGUCAGGGUAUAAAAGAGUGACUCAGUGUUUGCUCAGUGCAGGGUGGAACAUCUGAAGAACAAUCAUUUUCUGAAGAAGGAAGAUAGUGAAAGUCACAGGGAUGGGGAACAAAAACACAAGUUCGCCCAAAGGUCCAGACUCCAGGCUCAGUGAGAAGGAGGACGAUGUUUUUCUCGAUGACCCCACAGGGAGUGCCUCCAGAGACGGAGCGGUGGGCUUUAGCCCAGAGCUGCUGGCCUCCCUGCGGACCCUUGAUGAAAACACUGAUUACACACUGUUGCCACACUCCCUGCAUCAGAUUGCAGAGGCCUACUCACUUCAAGGAGACUAUCGCGGGGCCAUGCAGUUCCUACAGCUGGAGAAGCUCUACCACGAACGCCUGCUCUCAAAUCUCGCUUCCUUGCAGGAAAGAUGGGAAAGCCACUUGACAGAGAGGAACACUGAGAGCGUGACGUCCGCUGAGACAGAAAGUGUCGGUGAAAAACAUAUGGAGACACUGAGCCACAUCUGUCGAACACACUCCAGACCAUCUGUCACUGCAGAAAAGAGCAUGAUAGAUGUGAUGCUGAACAUCGUUCAAAUGAAGAACCAGACAUCAGAGGUGUUGCCUGAUGAAGGCGACAAACCGGACGCAUCCCUCGACGACGGAGGACAACGACAGCGAGACGCAAUAGAUGGUCCAGUGCCGUCUGUAACAGAGGAGGAAGAGGACGGAGAAGCGGAGAAAGAAAUGUACGAGGAAGGGCAGGAAGUAGAAGAGGACGAGCCCUGCGUGGGCACUCCAGAGGAGGAGGAGGUGAAUGUGGAGUGGCCGGCUGGUGUCCCUCAGGCUUCAGACAAGGACCUGGCCAAGCUGUCCAACACAGAAGAGCAAAUGAAGAACCAGACAUCAGAGGUGUUGCCUGAUGAAGGCGACAAACCGGACGCAUCCCUCGACGACGGAGGACAACGACAGCGAGACGCAAUAGAUGGUCCAGUGCCGUCUGUAACAGAGGAGGAAGAGGACGGAGAAGCGGAGAAAGAAAUGUACGAGGAAGGGCAGGAAGUAGAAGAGGACGAGCCGUGCGUGGGGACUCCAGAGGAGGAGGAGGUGAAUGUGGAGUGGCCGGCUGGUGUCCCUCAGGCUUCAGACAAGGACCUGGCCAAGCUGUCCAACACAGAAGAGCAGAUGAUGUUGAUGGCUGGAGUGACUCACAUUCACCUUAGUCAGCAUGUAUUCAUCCCUCACGAAGCUCCAGCACUCCUGAAUAGCUCCUCUCGCGAUGGCCUGGUCUCCAUUUUGAAGAGGAGAAGAGCGUUUCUGGACGGACUUCCUCCUCCCAGCAGCUCUGAUGCUAAACCAAGCUGCAAACGCAAAGUUCGCUUCAGUGAACCGGAGGACGCCAUUGACCAGGAUGAGGUGAGUGGGGAUUCCUGCCUGAUCCUCCUGCUGCUCUGUCUGGUGACUGUGGUGAUCAGCAUCGGCGGCACCGCUCUUUACUGCACCCUGGUGGACACAUACUCCAACAUUUGCACAGACUUCACCCAAAAUGUGAACUUCUACGCCGUGAACUUCCGAGCCUUCUUUGAAGGUCUCAGUUACUGGCUGCCUGCCCACACUUAAGACACUGUCCUCAACAUUCCUGGAAAGAAAAAAAAAAACAGCAACAAAGGUUUGAGCCAAAGAGGACACGGUGGAGGAGGAUGGAAGCAUCACAGAGUAAGAGACAUGACAUUUACUGGCACUGACCGAAUUUAAAGUUGAUUUUUUUUUUUCAGUCACUUGAACUUGACUUUGAGCAGAGUUGCUCACAGAAAAGGGGCAGUAGUACCUGUAAAUAUGACUAUGCAGUAUGGCAAGAGUGCAUUUCCAAUGAAGAGCGCCGCGUUCUUCUGCUAGAAGAGACAAAAAAAAAAAGAUUAAUUGUACAAUAAGACGCACUUUUGAGCAUCUUGGUGACGUAUCUGUGCGUGUUGUCCAUCGUGUUGAAUUGGAACCUUUAUUUUGUUUUCAUGUCAUAAAUCCAUCUACAAAUAUGAAUUUUAGAAGACCUUGAUUUUAGAUCUAGAUGAACCGUUAUCCCUUUGAUAAAAAGCUAGUUACAAUAGUGAAAGUGGUUACAAAUAAUAAUAAAAAAAAUUCCUAUAAAGCAUCUGAAGACAAAUACAUUUGCUUAUUUAUUCAAUUGAACCCACAAUGUACAGUAAGAUAAACACUGAAUUAGGCUUAAAGACAUUAUAACCAAUCAGUUUACGUCACAAAAACAUUUUGUUUUCCUUGUCAAUCCUGAUGUCCUUCAUUUGAAUUUUCUGCAGUGCACAGACUAGAUAUUAGAAUAUUUUUUACACAGGUCAUAAUACAAGUAUGUGUACAAAGUAAGGGGGGGUGGGGGUGGAGUAAUUGUUAACAUUCUCCAGCAGGGGUCUUGACAUUUGUAGCUCAAAUUCUUUUUAAAACUGCCACAAGACAGACCUCGUACCUUUCUGUCAUUCUGACCUCAUUUGUAAUUUAUACCGUGUGACAUUUUUCACUCUGAAAUAUACGUAUGUACAUAUUGGAGAAAAAGAGACAUUUUUUUUCAUACUGUAAUGUGUAAAGCUAUUUCUGUGUCUUUUUCCAGACGAUUUAUCAGGAGGAAUAUUAUAUUUUACAAUUGCAGUGAUUAUAUUGGAUUAUGACGGUUGUUUUCUCGAGAAUAUUUGAGGCAUGUUAUUUAUUAUUAUUUUUUAAAAGCCUUUGAUUAUCAGCACGUCAGAAUCAGACCCUGAAUUUUAAAACACGUCUUUUUAGCUAUUGUUUCCAUAGAUUUAAAAAAUAUAACAUUUAUGAAUUUGUAAAUUUCACAUCGACUGAACCAAAGCUUUUUCAUCUGUCUCGAACUUGGCUUUGAACAUUUUGAUAUGAUGACUGAAUUUGCUCGACCUGAGCUCCACUGCUCUGAAUCCCAGAUGGCUGUGUUGUGAAUUUUACCUUUGUACAAUAUCCUUUCCAAUUUAACAACAAUUCUAAGGUUUUUAAUAAUUAUGUCCUCUGUUAUGCCCGUAAGAAAAAUACAAAGUAGUCUUAGAUUUGAUUGAUUUUAUCAUUGAAACAUUUUUUUUACAUCAUCCCACCUCCCAAUUCAAAUAAUUCCUUGCAAAAUAGUUCAAUAAAGUGACACUUUAUGACUCUA